UUAAAAGGUUUGUCCCUCAUGUAGGCGUGCACUGGUUUGAGGAAGAUGAUUUUGCUUUUCGAAAUCUCUUAGAUAAAGUAGUUCGUUCCUAUUAAGACAUAUGUUCACUUAUCUCAGAAUUGUUGCUUGUAUGGAUAGAAUUGGUACAACGAGAAUAUAACACCGUCUCUUUACGGACGUCGGCCAUGUUUACGUUUAGAUGUCCUUACAGAACCGUGAAACGACUUGCUGCUCAUCUUUUUCCUAAGAGAGAACAAGUCACUCUCUCGUCUUCAAGUUAUGGGCCAACGUUACAAAGAAACAUUAAGCUGCUCCGAAGUUUCCGUCCUGGCGCAGUCCACGGCAGAGCCAUUCAGAAUCCCAGGCACAGUGGGGCUGAAGUGCGUUGUUUUGAGGAAAUCUUCAAAAAGGACUCCUUCCAGGAAUUUUUAAAAAGAUUAAGUUAUGAAUAUGAAGGAUGUAUUGAAACACUAAACAAAUCCCAGGAUUGCGAUGUUAAAGAGGAGGAGUUACGUCGUCUACACAAACGGAUUACCAAACUGUCUCCAUUAAUGCAACAUGUUAAUAAACUGAGGGAAAAAGAACGGGAGGUUCAAGAUAAUGAUGCACUCUUGCAAGAUGAAGACCCCGAUAUAAGAGAACUUGCGAGGACUGAAAAAAAUCUGUACAAUGCAUCAAUACAGGAGUUGAAGCAAAAGAUUAUUUCAAGUCUAAUUCCUUCAGAAGAAGCUGAUGACAAUGAUAUUAUCUUGGAAGUGACAGCUGGUGUUGGGGGUCAGGAAGCCAUGUUGUUUACGUCAGAAAUGUUUGAAAUGUAUCAGAACUUUGCAGCCUACAAAAGAUGGAAUUUUGAAAUUCUUGAAUAUUUUCAGAGUGAACUCGGAGGACUGCGCCAUGCAAUGGUCAGCAUAAGUGGGCAAGAAAGCUACCAGCAUAUGAAAUACGAAGGUGGUGUUCACAGAGUUCAGAGAGUCCCCAAAACAGAAAAACAAGGGCGUAUUCACACGAGUACAAUGACUGUGGCAAUAUUAUCCCAGCCUGCCGAGAUAGAUUUCACAAUUAAUGCAAAAGAUCUGCGGAUUGAAACCAAGAGGGCCAGUGGUGCUGGAGGCCAGCAUGUCAACACCACUGACAGUGCAGUGAGAAUCGUUCAUCUCCCUACAGGGAUAGUUGCUGAGUGUCAGCAGGAGAGAUCGCAGCUUCGAAACAAAGAAAAAGCAAUGCAGGUGUUAAGUGCAAAGAUUUACAGCAUGAAGCUUGAGAAAGAAAUGAGCGAACGUUACAAUGCACGUAAAGUCCAGAUUGGAACCAAAGGAAGGUCAGAAAAGAUCAGAACAUAUAACUAUCUCCAGGACAGGAUUACAGAUCAUCGAAUAAGUAAAACAAUUCACGAUGUCAAACAGUUUCUUAUGGGAGAAGAACUCUUGGAUGAAAUGAUUCAAUCUUUAAAAGAAUAUUCAGAAAUGGAAAGUGUUUUGGAUAUGCUGGAAAGUAUGCAUACUACUUCCUAAUUUGCAUUUUAAAGUGCCUUAAAUUACAUUACUGGAAGAACACAAACCCUGAAUAUUAUGUGGACUGGUCACACUUCCAGCAAGUGUCUGAUGUACUCUGCAACUGACCACAUUUAUACAAAAAUUAAUCUGUCACCAUUAAUGGAGACUUCCUUAGAUUUUUUAUUUAUUUGUUUUUGACAUUUUAAAUGAAUAAUCAAGUUCCGUGAAUUUAGUAUCAAUUAGUCACAUGUUUAACGUAAAUGAUAUAUACCAGUAUUUUUAAUCCUGGUAUGGAAACAAAGUAUUUCACAAAAAAAAAAAAAAUAAAAGUCCUCAUUCAAAGAGUGACAUUGUAUA